ACGUCAGUGAUGGGAAUGCUGGGAUAUGUGUCCGCCAUGCAUAUGAACCAUAUGAACCGCUCAUCCCACGGUCGUUGCAAGCAAUCCGUGUAGUUGGUGUUGUCACCAUGGUCAUGUGCGCGAUAUUUGGUUGUUCCAACCGCAGUGACAACCGCGGGAGAAAACGAUCAACUAACGGCCACUUCUUUUCGAUACCGAAGACCGUGGAGAACCAGUGCGAGCGCUCGAAAGCGUUGAGCACGAAGCGGCGCAGUUUAUGGCUGGCGCGCAUUAAACGUGCUGACUUAGACAUCGAGAACCCCAACCUGCGAGUCUGCGGCGUGCACUUCAUUACAGGAAAGCCAGCUAAACUGUUCGACGAGACGGACCCUGACUGGGCUCCGUCGCUUCUCCUCGGCUACAGUGCCAAGAACACGGACCCCUCACGACACAGACGCCUCGAAAAACGACGCGCCGUAAAGCGGCAGGCGGACGCCAAAAAGCGGGAAGCCGAAGCACAGAAACGGCGUGCCGAGGCCGACGCGGCAGCGUUAGGGAUCCAGCAGUGUGCCGAUCGGCCACUCUCGCCGCACCCGACUGGAGAAACCGACGCUGACGAAAGUGAUACAGGUGUUACAGUGCAGACAGAGAUGACCAUGGAGGACAUUCAGCUACUGGAGAAACAGUGCAUUUCACUGAAUGAACACCUCUAUGCCGCCCGUGUCGAGAAAGAGGAGCUUGAGAUGUCGGAAAAGUCACUAAGGAGUUGUGACAGAAAAGUCAUGUUCUACACAGGGAUGGCAAACUUCACUGUUCUCUCAGCUGUCUUUAAAGUUGUGGAGAGUGAUGUAUCCCACAACAUCAACAACAGCCUGUCAAAAUUCCAGGAAUUCAUCCUCUUCAUGAUGAAAAUCAAGGUGAACCUUCACAACACCGACCUUGCAUUUCGCUUCAACAUUUCUGAAGCAACAGUAUCGAGGAUUUUUGACAAAUGGCUGCACGGUGCAUAUUGUCGGCUUAAAUCGCAGAUAGCUUGGCCAGGGCGCGAGGCACUGCAGCGUACUAUGCCACAAGCUUUUUUUGAUUCAUUUGGGUCUAAAGUUUCCGUCAUUAUUGAUUGCUUCGAAAUUAAAAUUGAAAGGCCGUCAUCUCUACUUUCUAGAUGUGAAACGUGGUCUACGUAUAAAGGAAGCAACACUGCAAAGUUUCUCAUUGCAAUUGCGCCACAGGGUGUAGUAACAUACAUUUCAGAAGGUUGGGGAGGCCGCGUCAGUGAUAAGCACAUUACAGAACACUGUGGCUUAUUGGACAACUUGGUUCCUGGUGAUGUUGUCCUCGCAGAUAGGGGGUUCAACAUAGAGGACAGUGUUGGAUUUUAUUGUGCGCGUCUCCAUGUCCCAGCAUACACAAAAGGGAAAAAGCAGCUGUCUCCUGAAGACGUGGAAAAAACAAGGAAGCUUGCAAAUGUUAGGAUUCACGUGGAGCGUGUUAUUGGCCUGAUCAGAAAUAAGUUUGUGUUUUUGAAGUCUACCGUGCCGAUUAACUAUGUUUCUUGUCGUGAGGGGGAUGAACUGACACCGCUUGACAAGAUUGUGACAGUGUGCUGCGCCCUCUGCAACUUGUGUCCCUCAAUAGUUGCAACAGUGAAGAAUGGUAGUGAGGAAAAUGUAGCAACAGUUGAGGAUGACUGACACCAAGAACCAUCUGCUGCAAGUACCUUUGGGGUGUAUCCAGUGUUACCACGGUUGGACACAAUGUAUGAUACUUUUGUCAGUUUGUCUUAACAUAUGUAUACCUGGAAUAAGUGACACAAGUAGGGAAAGCAUCUUGGCAAUCCAUACAUUUAAUACAAAAUGGCAAGCUUCAUUAAUGAAAGAAGUUUUGUAUUUUGACCGUCACUUAUGCAUGUAGCGAGGAGGAGACCAAUGGUUUCACUGCUUUGCACCCCCUGAAUGCUUUGCAGCACAGGAAACUUGCACUGACAUGCUUGCAACUGAGUGGUUCAGAGUUGCGAUUGACUUUUGGUGAAAUUUUUGUUUUGCUGACACUCUAAUUCUUUUCCAAUAAAAGAUAUGAAAACA